GCCAGCACUCAGCAGAGCAACGGCUCCUCAGUCACUCGUUCACUUUGCAGUUACCAACUCAAUACACUCCUUUUUUAUUCAACCACCAGACACCCAGCCCUCCGCCAAAAUGAAGGCCGCCUUCUUCUCCCUCUUCGCCUUCGCCGCCUCGGCCCUCGCCUCGCCCAUCAUCGCCCAGCGCCAGGUUACCGUCCAGGUCGAUACGCUUGACAACCUGAUCCAGCUCGUCAAGGGCCACACCGCCAACAUCAACAAGACCAUCUCGGCGGUGCAGGAGAACCCGACGGUAGAGGAGCAGACCUCGACGGCGGCCGCGCUGCUGCCCGAGCUGCAGGCCAUCACCGAGGCGGUGCAGUCCGUCACCGGCGGCCUCGUCCAGCGCCAGGUCGCCGUCAGCGUCGACGCCCCCGAGGUCGUCGACGGCGUCCAGGAGAAGGUCCAGGAGCUCACGCUCGAGAUCGCCAGCACGCUCAACGCCGUGAUCGCCAAGGUUGGCCUGUGUAGGUGCUUCCUCUUUCCUAUAGACCCCACCGUUCCGUCCUACCGGUUUCUCCAUUGUAUAGAGGGAUAUACCCGGUAGACUGGCUGUGCUAUUCUUGAUGGAGAAACAUAAGAGAACCGAAGCUGACGUUUUCUGCCUGCCAGCCUCCGUCAUCGCCGGCGUCACGCCCCUGCUGUCUGCGCUGCUCGGGCUCGCCGGCAGCAUCGAGAAGGUCGUCGGUGGCGUGCUGGCCGUCGUCAAGGGCCUGCUGGCCACCGUGCUGGGUGGGGUUGCCGGGCCGCUUCUCGGCUUGCUCUUCUAAAUGGGGCUCACGCGCAUGGACACGAGCUGAUGACCUCU